AUGGCCGGACCUGCUGCGGUGGAUAACUCAGCUGUCGGGUAUGCGCACCUCCUGGACCCGAACAGGAAAUGGUACAACAACUGGCGAAUCAUCGCGCUUAAUGGUUGGAUUGUCCUCUUCCUCAUCACGUCGUCGACAAAUGGAUUCGAUGGGAGUAUGAUGAAUGGGCUGCAAUCAUUGAGUCAAUGGCAAGAUGCAUUCAACCAUCCUUCCAACGGUCUGCUGGGACUUCUCAAUGCAAUCCAGAAUAUCGGAUCCCUUGCUGCAUAUCCCUUUGCACCUUACGCAUCUGAUUAUAUGGGCAGGCGUCCGACUGUUUUUCUUGGCGCUUGCAUUAUGGUUGGCGCAACGGCGAUUCAGACGGCUUCUCAGUCUGUCAAUAUGUUCAUUGGUGCUCGCUUCUUGAUCGGAUUUGGCCUUAGUUUUGCGGCUAAUUCUGCCCCGAUGCUUGUUUCCGAGAUUUCCUAUCCGCCUUACCGUGCUUCCCUAACGUCGCUUUACAACUCCUUAUGGUAUUCCGGUUCAAUCAUAGCCGCGUGGACAACCUUUGGCAGUUUUAAAAUCCCCAACUCCUGGGCCUGGCGUACUCCCUCUCUACUUCAGGGACUCCCAGCCGUCCUGCAAGUAUGCUUGGUUUGGUUCGCACCAGAAUCUCCCAGAUGGCUUAUGAGCAAGGGUCGUGAGGCUCAGGCUCUGCACACCCUGGCUUACUACCAUGCUGACGGAAACGAAUCUGACCCACUCGUGCAAUACGAGUUCGAAGAGAUCAAAGCCGCCCUCGAAUUCGACAGGACUGUCGCCGCGAACGUCGGUUGGAAGUCCUUCAUCACUUCACCGGGAAACCGCAAACGCCUACGCAUCAUCGUUGCGAUCGCGUUCUUCUCGCAAUGGUCGGGCAACGGGCUUGUUUCAUACUACCUCAAUAAGGUCUUCGACGCUAUCGGAAUUACCGACCCGACCACUCAAUUACUCAUCAAUGGUAUCUUGCAAAUUUGGAACCUGGCCGUGGCAGUGACAGCAUCGUUCCUUGCUGAGCGCUUAGGUAGACGGGUGCUGUUCAUGACUUCGUGCAUUGGUAUGGUGGUAUUUUGGACCGGGCAGACUAUCUGCUUUAAACUAUCCAACGACGGGAAUACAGCGGCUGCUCAUGGCACGAUAGUGUUUAUAUUCCUAUUCUACAUGGCAUAUGAGUAUGUGGCCUUCAUAUUUCUUCAUCGUAAACAACGACUUACGGAAUCCCAAAGCAUUGCCUUCACCCCUCUAAUCGUAUCUUACACGGUCGAGAUCUUACCGUAUCAUCUUCGUGCAAAAGGAUUUAAUAUCUUCAACUUCACAAUCUCCCUCGCCCUUAUUUUCAACCAAUACGUCAAUCCGAUCGCCCUCGGCAAGCUGUCGUGGCGUUACUAUAUCGUAUACGCAUGCUGGCUUCUCUUCGAGACCGCGUUCUGUUACGUCUACAUCAUUGAGACGAAGGGACGCACGCUCGAGGAAACCGCAGCGUUGUUCGACGGCGUGAAUGCCGCGGAGUUCGUCUCGGGCCCUGUUGUACACGGCGAGAAAGAAAGUACUGAGGGGAGUGAGAAAGCAGAGUCUGGUAUCCAUGUGGAGAGACUCGCAUAA